AUGGAAUCGGUUGUGGCGAUACAAAUAUACAUCGAUCAUGAAGGUUCAAGUGGCAAACGAUCACCACCCCUAAACGAUAUUGAAGAUCUCUCCGACACAAGAAUACUCCUCAGAUUAAUAAACGCUCUCUUCCCCUCCACUUUUACACCUGAGGUCCUCCUUAACGACAGAUGGACAAUAAGACUAGCACUGGAUCUAGUGGGUGAGAUGAUGGGAGUUGACCACAAGGUGGACAGUGAGGACCUGGUCCACUGUGAUCUCAUGGCUAUCUGCGCUUUCUUUAUUGCCCUCCUCAUGAGAGGUCUGCAGUUCAAACAGGCACUUGCUGUCGUCAACCGAGUAGAUUCGCUGCAAGACAAGUUAGUUCUAAACACAAAAGCGCUGGAAGAGUUACCCAACAUCGCACAGUCUCUUGACAUUAUCAGACAGAAGAAGGAGUACACGCUGAAGAUAGAGGUUAUUGGAAAGGAGCUGUCAAAGUUGGAGGGUGUUCAUGAGGUCCCCAAAAUGAGGAGCUGGUCCAAGAAACUGUCAGUUCUCCAAGCACAGGUAAACGAGGAUAUCAGUACGAAGAUAAGGGACAGGUUUGAAGUAACGGACGUUCCUCGCUCCACGACUAUUAACAGUCUGGUCAAGUUCAUGUACAUCAACCUCAACCUUACUACAGGUGAGUAG